AUGGAGAGCCUGCAGCUGUCCCAGGUCCUCGCCGACUUGAGCAAUCUCGGCGCAGCUGAACCUGCGGCCGCUGCCGCCAUUGUCAACGCCAACCUCCCCGUCAUCCAAACCGAACUCAUUAAAAACGACAGUCAUGCAUCUUCUCAGCAGCAGUCGAGGCCAUCGUCCGGCCUGAGGCGCGCAUGGUCAUCCGAGGCUGCUAUGCAACCCAAAUUCGACAAGAUGGGGCGCCGCAUUCUCAUCAGCUCCCCCAAAUCGGGAUCUGCCGCCAAUUCCACCCCCGGCACUCCUCAACCCUCUACUUACGAUGACGAUCUCGAGCGAGCUAAUACCCUCAUGGCUCUAUACGACAUCCGCGCCAAGCUCAAGCAGCAGGACAACAGCAGCCUCAUGCGAGCGCGCGAAAAGAUUAACGCUUUGGCUCAAAGGCAACAGGCCCAACAAUUCGCCGAGCUCAAUAUGAAAAAGGCCGAAGAGAUGCGACGAAACCGAUAUUCCUUCCCAAAAGUAUAA